AUGGAGAACCCCGAACCCUACGUCGGGUACCUGUACUACCAGCAGCCGGUACCGCUCGAAACGACUUUGCCGCAAGAUUGUUGGGCGUCGUCACCGGCGUCGAGUUAUGAUAGCCUCUCCGAAGAGGGAUUCCAACAAUCUCCAGGUUCUAGAACCGCGAGCAAAGGCAGAGUGUCGCCCCAGAUCCUUCGACGGAGGAGAUUGGCCGCGAAUGCCCGCGAAAGACGCAGGAUGCAGAAUCUAAACCAGGCGUUUGACAGGCUGAGGACGUUCCUGCCUCAGCUGGGCCAGGACAGGCAGCUCAGCAAGUAUGAGACGUUGCAGAUGGCUCAGACGUACAUCUCUGCGCUGUACGACCUUUUGGAUCAGAGCCCCAGGUGA